CCCGAGGCCGGGCAGGAUCGGUGCUUGGCGGGGAGGCCGGGCCUCCGCAGGAGGUGGGGCUGGUGCUAGCGGUAACAAGGGAAAUACGGAGCGUGGAGCUAGUCACUGCUCACCUAGGGUGACGCCGGUGUGAGGUGCCCUGGUUCAGCUCAGAUGUGUCACCUGGUGGAGAUGGGUAUGAAGAAUCAUGAAAUAGUCCCUGCUAGCUUGAUUGCCUCCAUAGCCAGCCUGAAACAUGGAGGAUGUAACAAAAUUCUGAGAGAGUUAGUGAAACACAAACUCUUAGCUUAUGAACGAACUAAAACUGUCCAGGGCUACCGAUUAACUAAUGGAGGGUAUGAUUACCUUGCCUUGAAAACUCUAUCAACUAGACAAGUUGUCAACUCUGUUGGAAACCAGAUGGGUGUUGGCAAAGAAUCAGAUAUUUAUAUUGUUGCAAAUGAAGAGGAGCAACAGCUUGCAUUAAAGCUGCAUAAGCUUGGGAGAACCUCCUUUCGUAAUCUAAAAAACAAACGUGACUACCAUAAACACAGACACAAAAUGUCGUGGCUUUAUUUGUCCCGCCUGGCUGCCAUGAAAGAAUUUGCCUACAUGAAGGCUUUGCAUGAUCGAAAAUUUCCUGUUCCAAAACCAUUUGACUACAAUAGACAUGCAGUAGUUAUGGAACUUAUUAGUGGUUACCCUCUGUGCCAAGUGCAUCAAAUAGAAGAUCCUGCAUCUGUGUAUAGUGAGUUAAUGGAACUAAUUGUAAAACUUGCCAAUCAUGGUUUGAUUCAUGGAGAUUUCAAUGAAUUCAAUCUCUUAUUGGACAGUGAGGACCAGGUUACCAUGAUUGAUUUCCCACAGAUGGUGUCAACAUCUCAUCCAAAUGCUGAAUGGUAUUUUGACAGAGAUGUUAAAUGUAUUAGAGACUUUUUUAAGAAGCGUUUCAGCUAUGAAAGUGAACUUUUCCCAACCUUCCAGGAUAUCAGGAGAGAGUGCUCUCUUGAUGUAGAGAUUGCAGCCAGUGGCUACACAAAAGAAAUGCAGGAGGAUGAUGAACUGCUUUACCCAGCAGGUCCUGAUGAGGAGGAUUAUAAAACAGUGUUUACACAACUUGUAGAUGAUUUUGAUGGGAAAGUAAAUUCGUAUACCGCAGCUGAAGAAAACAAAAUAAAUUUUACAGAUGAAUUGGAAGAUGACACUGAAAGCAAAUCCUCUAAAGUUUUGGUGAAUAGCAGUAAAGAAGUUGAUAUUGCUGACAGUAGUAAAAAAGAACAAAGUUUAGAUAUGACUGAGUUCAGCCAUGCUCUAGAAAAAGUUGAAGGGCAAAUUAUUGCAGGGAAAGCCAGUAAUAAUGCAGAGAGUUCUGCAAUUGAUUUUUCUGAGGAUGAAAAGAGAACUGAAAAUACUACCAAAAUUGAAGAUCAUACAGGUCAAGGAGAAGACCAUGCUGACAAAGAGUAUAAAGAUGAAUGCCCUGAUCUGGUUGACUUGUCAACAUUAAACAGAGAAUUCAGGCCUUUCAGAGACGAAGAAAGUAUGAUUCACAUCAAUGAACACAGAACGAGAACCUUAAGUACCACCUCCACUGGCAGUUUUGGGGGCUGUUCAACAAUUCCUCAGGAACUGGUGAAACAGAAGAUAAAACGUCAACUGACUAAACGGCAGAAAGCUGCUCUGAGACGGCGGUUACAGAAAGGAGAGGCAAAUGUUUAUACCAAACAGCAUCGAGAAAAUAUGUUCAAUAUUAAGUCAACUUUGGCUGCUGCUAGUUUCUGGGGCUAAUGCAUUACAACUUCAAAUGGAGUAUCAGUAUUUUUAUCCAUGAUGCAUAGAUUACGUACUUGCUUUUUUGGAAAUUAGAAUGUUUUAUCUGUAGUCAAUAAAUUUCAUUCUUGCUGUUGUAACCUUGUCUUUUGUUUUGUAGUUUGAAACACCUAUGAUUGUACCUAAUUUUUAAAUGAGGGACUCCAGUUAAGAUAAUUAAACUGGAAUAAUGACCUACAGUAUCUCUUAUAGGCACAUUUUACUGUGGAUGUUUAGUCUGAAAAUUAUCCGUGAAGUAUUUCUUCUUAAAACAUGUUUGCAAUGAAAAGAAAUUGACAACCAAAAUUAUUCAACAUGUCCCUGAUUUAUAAGCAGAGAUCUUUUGAAGAAUCUGUAUCAUGUGCACCUGAAAACAGUCAGAAACAAAGUAGUUUUUCACCCUUUGUAAGAAUUUGGGUUUUGUACCUGUACAAAGAUUAAUAAACCAUAAGUUAAUAAGA